ACAACCGUCACCAAUUAUGCCUCACACACAAAAUUUCUAACUAAAAAACAAAAGGGUUCUCUUUUCUUUUUAUAUUGGUGAAAAUUUUAUUUGGGUUUUUUUCUCUUUGAGAUUUAGGACUUGUUUUGAGUUAAAGUUUGGAUUUUUAUUUGUUUUUGAUAAAGGGGUUUUGUUUUCUUAGCUGAAUCUGUGUUGUUAACGAGGGUUUGUGUGUUGUAGUAGAAUUAGGCAAGAUUUUUUUUUUUGUUUUUUUUUUAUUUAGGAAGUGUGGUGCAGUGUGUUGUUUUGUUUGUGUGUUUAUGAUCUAAUUCCUUCUGGGUUUUCUUUCUCUUCAAGGAAUUUGAAUGGUUUUGAUAUAGAAUGGAUGCUCAGAAUCUGUGAACUGGUGUAGAAUUUGUUGGAAAAAUGAAUUGAGGGUGAUUUAGUUGAAGAUUAUUUUAGUUACAAAUUUGGGAAAAAGUGAUGGCUGCAGAGUCAAAUACUGGUUUUCACUAUGGUGAUAUGAAUUCUAGUUUGAAUUGGCAUGCGAUAUCAUUUCAAUCUGGCGCUGUUAGUAGCUUACCUGAGAUGGUUCCGAUGGGAAAUUACUUUGGGUUGAAUAAUGAUACCUCGGGGAUGAUGUAUUCUGGGAAUUCAAGUGUUACGAAUAGGAAUUUGAAUUCGUCUGUUAUAAGUCAACCAGGGAGUGCUUCUGGCUCUUCUCUUGUUGUUGAUUCUGUCCCUGGAUUGAAGCAUGAUGCGGGUUUCGCUGCUGAGUGGUCCGUUGAUGAACAAUACAAAUUGGAGGAAGGCCUUCUCAAGGCUAGAUACGCUGACGAGCCGAGUAUCACGAGGUAUGUCAAAAUUGCUGCUUCAUUGCGUGAUAAAACUGUUCGUGAUGUUGCUUUGAGGUGUAGGUGGAUGACCAGAAAGCGAAGGAAACCAGAAGACCACAUGGUAAAGAAGGUCAACAAUAGAAAGGAUAAGCCUUUGGAGUCAUCACCAAAGCAAUAUUUGCAGCCAGUUCUAAGUCCAAAUGUAGCGACAUACUCUUGCUGUAUAACACAACAUGUGGACAGAAAUCAACGGAUAACCUAUGAUGAUGGAAUUUGUGGUCCAAUGAAGCGACUCUUGGAGCAAAAUGCUCAAGCUUUUAGUCAAAUCAAUUCCAAUCUAUCUACUUUCAAGUUGCAAGAUAACAUCGAUCUCUUCACUCGGACACGGCACAACAUUAGUACCAUUCUUGAAGACAUGAGAGCGAUGCCCGGUAUAAUGAGCCAAAUGCCUUCACUUCCCGUGUCGAUUGACGAGGACUUGGCAAGUAGAUAUUUACCUAAUAAAACUCAGGAAAUUUCUGAGUCCAUCAAGAUUUCCUACUCAAAGUGGACUACCAGUAUAGAGAGGUUGGCAUUUUUUGUGUGGAAGUCAAUGAUUUUGGUGCUGCCAUUGAGGAGUCACAUAUAAACAAGUAUCACACUAUCUCAUGACUUUCCAGAGUUUCUAAUUUAUCUUAAAUCUUACUUUUCUUUGUCUAUUUGCACUUCUGUUGUAUAAAUAUUUGCAAAAGGUAAAAAAAAAGAUAGAAAAGGAAAGGAACUAGUGUAACAAUGGUAUGAGGUUAUUGACUGGUUAUUCUAUCAUGGCUUAGGAAGUGAUGUAGAUCUGUGAUUCUAGUUUGCCAUGGCUGUUUUGUAAUAUGUAAAGGGAAAUCAUUGUUUACAUUAUUUCAUGGCUGUAUAUGAGGGGAUUAGCGUCA